UAUUGUUUUGUAAGGCAGAAAUUGGAGACGAGCAUCAUUGCUCAAAGUAUCAUUAUGAGGCUCAAACACUUGAGAGAAUUAUAAAAGCAGAAAUCAGUCUUAAUGAUUUUAAAAAAGAUUUUCGUGAGAUAAAAAAUGGAAUAGAAGCAGAAAAGUUAAAUGCCGAGGCCAUUGCCAAGUUGGAGAAGAACUUGCAGCAGGUGCAACAGUCCUCUCAGGCAUUCACGGAAAAUAUGACCAGAAUGAUUGAACAGCAGGACACUUUAAUCGCAAUGUAUAGUUCGAUGAGACAAUUUUGUCAAACAAACGAGACAUGCAGUGACGUCGAGAAUUCAGAAUGUAAAUGGAUGUCCUGUAAAUGUAAACCUGGCCUGAGCUACCACCAUGACACGAAAACAUGUCUCUCAGAUUGCGGCGAUAAAGGCUUCGGGGACACGUAUCAAAUCGAAUAUAAUACAUACUUAAAUGGAUUUUCAACAAAAACUUUCAAGCGAGUUUCAGCAGAGGAAUGUAUACAACUUUGCACGGUCAAUACGGACUUUGUUUGUAGAACAGCUGAAUACUGGAAAUCCGAGGGCACGUGCUAUUUGUCCUGGGAAACCUUGCGUUCGAACCCUGAAGUCCACAAAGCACAUAAAGAUUAUGUUCUUUACACCAGGGACUGUAAACGUUGAUUAACAUUUGAUAAAAAAAGAGACUAGAACAUUUAUGCCCGUAUCACCAGAACUUUGGAUCGACUUUAUUUCAUUUCCUGAUUUUCAUCUUCUGUAUUACAGUUAAUAUUCUACUAAAAUAAUUAAAGCUUCACGUUGAUAA